AUGCUUCCCUGGAGACGGAAUAAGUUUGUUUUGACAGAGGAGGAAAGCAAAAACAAACCCAAAAGCUUGGGAGCUGGAUUGACAUAUCAAUCCAUACUUUCAUCUCUCCUUCGCUCCUGUCCUGACCUGCUGCCCGACUGCCCCUUUGAAUGGGUGGGUAAUAUAUUCCACACGAAAAGGCAGAAGGUAGAACUCAACAAAGAGGAACCGAUUUACAAUGUGAGAUACUUGGGAAGCGUUGUUACCAUCGCGGCGAAGGGAGACGGUUGCACCCAAGAGGCUGUAGCAAAAAUUUGGGCGAGAAGCAACUUUGGAGAGCAGAGCAUCAAGAUGAGACUAGCGGUGGGUGCACACGGGAUUCGAAUGAGCUCGGAUAAGUUGGGGAAAAAGAAGCCCGUUCAUCUAUACUCACUGAACAGAAUUACGUAUUGCACGGCCGAUCCUUGCAGACCCAAAAUACUGGCGUGGAUUUACAGACACCAGGUGAAAAACAUGGCGGUGGUCUUGAGGUGUCACGCCGUGUUGGUUAGCAAGUCGGAAAAGGCCCAAGCGAUCGCCGUUAGCAUGUAUCAUCACGCGACGUCGGCUUUCAGCGAAUUUAAAAGGUUGAAAAGACAAAGCGAUUUCCGUCACGUUCAGCAGCAGCUCUUGGGAGAAGACGCGGUACCUUUGAUGCCGUUACGGAGGCGUCUGAACGGACAAUGUCACUACAGGCCGCCGAGCGAAAAUCCCGGAAGUGCAACAAGGCUUUGCUCCAUCACAGAGGAAGAGGAGGAAGGUGAUGAAGAAGACAAGGUCAAGAGCAUAAAGCAGAGAAUCUUGACCACAAACACGGACCCUACGCAGUUGCUUUCACAGCUGGAUCUCGGGGACAUUGCCAGACUGGAGCAGUGCCAGAUCAACUUUGUCAGCGAUAGCAACAACAACACGUUUACUUUUAUAACGUCUCUGGUGUGA